AUGUCAGUGGGGCUGGGCAACGUGUGGCGGUUCCCGUUCACGGCCUACGAGAACGGCGGCGGGGCCUUCCUCAUCCCCUACAUCAUCGUCCUCAUCGUCAUCGGCCGCCCUCUGUACUACCUGGAGAUGGGGAUCGGCCAGUUCGCAAACCGCAGCUGCAUCAAGAUCUGGAACAUGGCGCCGGCACUAAGAGGUUGGGGCACGGUGCUGAAGGAGCUGCCGCUGGACGAGGGGCUGGGCACCGUCAACUGGCGCCUGGCGCUGUGCCUGCUCGCCUCGUGGCUGCUGAUCCUGGGCGUGGUGGUGCGCGGCGUGCGCUCGUCGGGCAAGGCCGCCUACUUCCUCGCGCUCUUCCCCUACGUGGUGAUGCUGGUGCUGUUGGUGCGCGGGUGCACGCUGCCGGGCGCCGACAAGGGCAUGCUGUACUUCGUCAAGCCCAAAUGGGGGGAGCUGUUGAAGCCUCAGGUGUGGCAUGCAGCUGUGACGCAAGCCUUCUUCUCCCUCAACGUGGGAUUUGGCUCUCUAAUCAACUACGCUUCCUUCAAUAACUUCCGGCACAACAUUUACAGAGACGCCAUGAUCGUGACGACAAUGGACACGUUCACCAGUCUGCUGGCCGGCUGCACCAUCUUCGCCAUCUUGGGCAACCUGGCGCACGAGAUGGGCGUCGACGAGAUCGACUCAGUGGUGAAGGCAGCCGGGCUCCGCCUUCAAUCUCUACCCCGAGCCAUCCGCCAACUGCGACGCCGUCCCGCACUUCGGCAUUCUAUCGUCCACGUCACGCCAGGUUUGGACAACAUCUGCAACGACCUGGCGUUCAUGCUGAAGCGGAAGGCGGGCUCCUAUUGGCGCAUUACGUGGGGCCUCGUCACGCCCAUCUUCCUCAUCGCAGUGCUGAUCUACGCCGCCGUGGAAGACGAGCCGCUGGAGUAUGGCCAGGAGACCUACCCCGAUCACUACUACGUUGUGGGCUGGACCAUGAUGGCCUUGAUAGUGGCGCUGGUCCCCAUCUUCAUUUGCAUCGAAGUGGGAGAUCGAUGGCUGAAUAAGAAGAUGCCUUUUAUCAAGGCGCUGCGGACGGCCUUCCAGCCCAACGACGAGUGGGGACCCAGCAACACGCGCGUCAGAGAGCAGUGGAGAUCGUUCAAGAACGAGCUGGCGCAGCAGUCGCGGAACGAAGGCUGCACCCGCGCCGUCUGGCGGAAGCUGUGCGGCUGCGGAUCCCUCGACAUUGACUUCGAGAAAGACGACGACAAGGACGUCAAAGCGCCCAACCCCUGACCCCCUCACCCUCCAAUUUUUUUCUUUAUCUUGCUUCUCCGCGCACCACCCGGCUAUCCUGGACGCUCCUGGCGAGCGCCCCUGCCGGUUGAACAUGAAAACUACGUACCGAGUGGUUUCUCGGGCCCUUGGCUACACUCGGCAUUAACACAAGACUCAUGGCCUCCUCGGACGCAACACGAACACGAUUUUUCCUGGUGGAAAGAUGUCUCGCGAUUUUUGAUUGGUUGAAGUUUGGGCAUUGAAGUUUAGGCAUUGAAGUUUACUUUUUUGUUUAAAAAAAUCGUCGUGUGAAAAAUCAGUUUUUCGGUGUAAUUAGUUUCCACUGAAGGUUGGUUCGAAAUUCUUUCCACCUGCAAUUGUUCCACUUGCAAAUACUAAGCUGCAUCUUUCCACCUGUCCCAUACAAUCAUUCAACUCUUCAAACAUUCUUAAGUUAAAAGCUUUCAGAAUAUCAGUAGUAUCGUGUUUGCCGUGGGAGGUAUUUUCCUUUUGUCGUUUUGUGUUUUGCUCUGUCACGUCUCUGUUCGGCAACGUCCGUGAAGACCAAUGCAUUUCUCUUACUGAGAAAAUGUGAACAAGUGAACUUGGAGGGGUCUCAUUCACAAACACGUUGUUUUAUUUAUUCUUUGUUUUUGUUGGCCGCAAUUAUUAUUAUUUUUCGUCGCCCACUUCAUACGCUUUAACCUUUUCUCUUCAUUGUAGUAUAUAGAAUUGUCCCCUGUAUUGUGAUAUAAUGAUAUGACAAAAUGAAAAGCGAAUUUCAAGAACGAAAUUGCAAAAGCUCUAAAGAUGGCCGCUGUGCGGUCGAGAAACCGUUUAUGACGAAGGUUCAUGACGAAGGAUCAUGAGAAUACAAAUAAAG